AUGUCCCAAUUUGUGGCUUAUGCCAGAGAGGGAGAGAGGCAUGGACGCUUAUGCGAGUUUCCUGCACGUUCGAGAUGGCUAAUGAAAACGAAUAGCCGGUAUCGAGCCUGUGUGCAGCCCGACACCUACUGCGCAUCGUACGGGUACAGUGAGAGGCAGGAUCUUCACUGCAACUUCAGAGAUCCCGUCACAAUCUGCUGUUUUUCAAACUAUAGAAGAGCAUUGGACUGGAGAAUUACUACUGCCUACACUAACAAGGUGAACGAGCAGAAGAUGUCCACGAACGGUUAUGGUCACGGGAUGGCUCGGGCAGCUUCUCAUGCCGGCUCUUGGUAUUCAAGUAAUCCCAAGGAGUUGGAUCGCCAGAUAAGCAGAUGGCUGGAUGCUGCUGGCGAGCGUCUCGGUUCUGCUAGGGCUAUCGUUUCGCCACAUGCUGGUUAUUCGUAUUGCGGUGAUACUGCAGCAUACGCUUUCAAACAGAUUGCACCUGAGUGUGUCGAUCGCGUAUUCGUACUUGGACCAUCACAUGUGGUUUGUUUGAACGGUUGUGCUCUCACGACUUGCAGUAAAUAUCGGACACCUAUAGGAGACCUGCACAUUGAUCUGGAAGUGAAUGAUGAGUUGCGAGCUACACGACAGUUCGACCUUAUGGACCGCAGCGAUGAAGAAGCUGAGCAUAGCAUUGAGAUGCAAAUGCCAUUUAUUGCAAAGAUAAUGGAAAGCAACCCGAACGUGACCGUCAUACCAAUACUCGUUGGAUCACUCACAGCGCCUAAGCAACAGGCGUAUGGAAAGAUUUUUGCUAAUUACUUGGAAAAUCCGCGUAAUCUUUUCGUCAUAUCGUCUGAUUUUUGUCACUGGGGCAACCGCUUCCAUUUCGCCCCUCAUAAUCCUAACAGUGGCCUCCCAAUCUAUGAACAGAUUACACAGCUAGACAGAGAUGGCAUGGACGCUAUAGAAACAUUGAAUCCUCAGAUUUUCAACGAUUACCUCAAAAGAACGCAGAAUACUAUCUGUGGUAGGAACCCAAUCACCGUCUUGCUGCAGGCUGCGGAGCACUUCAGAAUGAUGAACAAUCAUACUCAUGAAUUUCGUUUUCUCAAGUACUCUCAGUCAAAUAAGGCGCGGAGUGUCAAUGAUUCGUCCGUCUCCUAUGCUGCCGGUGCUCUCUUCAUGCAUCCAAAAUAAUGAAUGGGUUUCUUUGAUACCGUUACAAGUUUUCUUCUACUUUUCAAUUGAUGUAUUAACUCACUAACUUCACUUUCCCCAUUCAGUUAAAAUUUCCUUUCUCAUUUCUAUCCCGAUCACCGCGCCUUCUACGUCAAUUCAGUGAUAAUUUUCCUGGAAAUAUUCGUAUGAGUGUGCAAGCACUGUCUUUUAUUAUUCGAUUUAGCUGCUAUUUUUGGUUCAGUUGCGCAUUGUGCACUGAAUCUUUUUCGUCACUCAUCGCCAACCUCUGACAUGAUAUCCAGUCGCUGUCUUGCGAUCAUAGCUUUUUUCCCUUCUUCUUUUUGGUGCCUUCAACGUUCACACUACUUUAUCGCUUUUGCGUAAUCCUAAACUCGGUAACAACCACUAGGUUUUGACGUUAUUUUUUAUCAUUCUAGGAUAUCAUGCCCGUUUCUUUCGCAAGAUGUGAUAACUGAUAGUAAACAAUUUGUCAUUGUGUUCAUUAUUGAUACC